GGGCCGGCCGGCCGGCCCUGGCCUCCCGCGGGGGACUCUUGUCCCACCGGCACGGGGCGGUUGGCCCCCGCCCUGGGCGAGCGGACUCGCAGCCGCUGUCGCUUGUGGAGGCAGCCGAGGGCGGCCUUGCCCGUGGCGCCUGGAGGCCUCCAGGAGGUUUGCCCCCGCUGCGAGGGGUGCAGUUUAGCGUGCGGUUAAUUGGAGCAGCGGAUGGCGGUGUCUGGCUGAGCAGCGCCCGGAGAGCGGUGGCGGUGCCUGCCCGGGCAUCGCCCGGGGGAGGAGCUGCGGGGCUCUGCUGCCUGGGAGCAACUCGCAGCUGCGCUUAGUGCCUUACGUGACCGGUUUAUCUGCAGGAGUUUAGCAGCCUGGCGAUCCCUGUGGAUUUGAGCUAGAAUUAUGGGGUUGUUUGACAAGCUAGCAGGAUGGCUUGGGUUGAAGAAAAAGGAGGUUCAUGUUUUGUGCCUUGGCUUGGACAAUAGCGGCAAAACAACAAUCAUAAAUAAACUUAAACCAUCAAAUGCUCAAACUCAGGACAUAGUUCCAACAAUAGGAUUCAGUAUAGAGAAAUUCAAGACAUCGAGUUUGUCUUUCACAGUGUUUGAUAUGUCAGGUCAAGGAAGAUACAGAAACCUCUGGGAACAUUACUACAAAGAAGGCCAGGCCAUUAUUUUCGUCAUUGAUAGCAGUGACAAAUUAAGAAUGGUUGUGGCCAGAGAAGAACUUGACGCCCUUCUGAAUCAUCCAGAUAUUAAGCACCGUCGACUGCCUGUUCUCUUCUUUGCUAACAAAAUGGACCUCAGAGAUGCAAUAUCAUCUGUGAAAGUGUCUCAGUUACUGUCACUAGAAAACAUCAAAGACAAGCCCUGGCAUAUCUGUGCCAGUGAUGCUCUUAAAGGAGAAGGCUUACAAGAGGGUGUGGAUUGGCUCCAAGAUCAGAUCCAAGCAAUGAAGACGUGAGAGAGAAAUAAAAGAGGGACUGCGUUCUUUUACGAACUUUGUCAAUAGGUGUACAAGUUCUGUGGAAAAGAAGAAUGAUUUAAAGAAAACAAACAGUUGAGCUAAAAUAUACUGUGUUGACUUGUUUCCUUUUAGUAUCUCUUCCAGGAAAACUGAAUGUAGACAACAUAGCACCUCAGGUAUGCACAUUGAUGAAUUAAACAAAAUUGUGAUUGGAGAGCGUAUUUUUAAAAAAGAUUUGUGUUAACAAUAAACAUCUGCUUUCCUUAGAGUUUUAGGAGAUAAUUAGCCAUAGGAAAUACCCCUCUGUUUUUUGGGGGGACACCUUUUGACCAAAUGGGAAUAUUUUCUUUUCCUGAGAAAGAAUAAUCAGCGCUUGGAUGGUUGGACUUGCUGAUCUUUAAGUUCUUUUCCAACCAAGGUAAUUCUGUUAUUCUGUGAUUAAUGAAAUACAGCUGCAUGAGAUUCCUACUGAUUUAGGUGCCCAUUUUUAGGUAUUUCUGCAAUUUUUUUUUUUUUUUUUGAAGUUUGAUGACAGGUUUUUAGUAACCAUCUACAACAGGCUUCUAAAGGAAUAUUUUUAUUUAAAAUGAUUGAAAUACUCAGUGUAUAUGUUACAGAUGAUUGCAGAUGUUUUUAAGGAGCUGCUUUUACUGCAGUGUUAUUGUCUUUGUGAUAUGCAAUGGUUAUAUUUGCUUUUCUGUCAAUAAAACUUAAAAUAUAUAACAUAAAAUGGUUUGAUUUUUAUAUGUUCAUAGUCUUUACAUUUUAGAGAUUAUUUUUUGUUUUCUAUUAGUUUCAUUUGGAAUUUGUUAAUUUUUCAAUGGAAAUAACAUUGUAUACUGUAAUAAAAUGGUAUUUUUUGCCAA